AUGGGGACAGUAGAUGAUCAAAAGUUCCCAGAUCGCGGAUUUAGGAAGCCAGAAUUUGUUGAAUUAGAUGAAUAUUCUGACUUCGUUCAGGCAUAUGAAUCCGUUUUACAGAGGAGAAUUUCUAGGUGGGAACAAUAUUUCUCUGCCUUGCCUUCAAAAAGGAGUUCCAGAUUGAAGAGAUUCUGUCGGAAGGGGAUACCCGAUCACAUUCGAUCAACAGUAUGGAUGCAUCUUUCCGGAGCACUUGAACGAAUGGAGGCAAAUCCUGAUGUUUACUGCACAGCAGUUGUACAGAGGCCACCACCGAGUAUUAUGAAUGUUAUUCUGGCAGAUGUUCCUCGCACAUUUCCAGAAAAUGUACAUUUUCAAGAUACAAACGGGCCUAAUAACAAGCUUGUUUCUUUGGAAAGGGUGUUAUCAGCUUUCGCAGUCCAUUGUCCGAACAUUGGCUAUUGUCAGGGAAUGAAUUAUAUAGCCGCUGUUCUACUAUUGGUUCUGGAUUGUCCUUCAGAUGAAGCUGAGGUCAAGGCAUUUUGGUUAUUAGAUGCUUUAUUCAACCAUAUCCUACCUAAGUAUUAUUCGUCUGAUAUGUUAGCUGUACGCGUUGACUGUAUGGUGUUCAAUGAAUUGUUAAGAGAAAAGAUUCCCAUGGUACAUAAAGUGAUCUUGAAUGCCGGUAUCAGUUGCACCUUGUUGGCUACAAAAUGGUUUAUCUGCCUAUUCGCUGAUGUUUUACCAAUUGAAACUACUAUUCGCAUAUUCGACUGCUUAUUCUACGAAGGUGAUAAGGUUCUUUUUCGUGUAUGCCUUUCAUUGGUCAAAUUACAUUAUAAAGAUUUAAUAGAAUGCAAGGAAUUCCCUGUUCUCAUCACAGCCUUUCGCAAUAUGUGCAAAGAUAAACAAACUCUAUAUUGUCAUCAAUUUGUUGAGUCGAUGUUUCGUUCACACGGUUCCCUAUCGAGAUCAUCAAUUACAAAACUUCGAAGUAAAUUCACUCAACAAUUGGAAAAUGGCGUCGAUGUCGAUUGA